AUGGCGGUUGAUUGCCCCAUCUGCAACAAACCUGUGAAACCCUCCGAGAUCAACAGUCACAUCGAUUCAGGUUGCGAGAGCUUCAUAAUAGAUCCGGAGAAGGGAUCACCGCCGCCACAAACACAAACACAAACACCACAGAGUAAUUCACAAAAACGAAACGCCUCCAACUUCUUCUCGACGCCUGCCGCAAAACGACAAGCUGGCUCCGAUAAUCGGGUAGUGCCGCCUGCUGGAAACCUACAACCUAUAACGAAGCGGAAGCGAACAUAUGAAGAGGGACCUGGUCAUGACUUAGGGGGGGACGUAAAGACUGCUGAGAAUGCGACGAAUGGAGAGGCCGUUAAUGGAGCGAGUGGCUGGGACGCAAAGACAGAACAAGAUGGCAGAGUGGUAAAAAAGACAAAGACACAACGAGCUGCGCCCUUGGCCGAACGAAUGCGACCACGGACACUCGAUGAAGUAUGCGGACAAGACCUGGUCGGACCAAACGGUGUUCUUCGCUCCCUUAUUGAGUCGAAUCAAGUACCUUCGAUGAUUCUCUGGGGUGCUUCAGGCACAGGAAAGACGACAAUAGCGCGCUGUAUCGCUCAUAUGGUCGGCAGCCGGUUCAUUGAGCUUAAUGCGACAAGCACGGGGGUCAGCGAGGUUAAAAAGUUCUUCCAAGAGGCGAUCAAUGAUCUUGCUCUUUCUGGUCGCAAGACCAUAAUAUUUUGCGACGAAAUCCAUCGCUUCAACAAGGCCCAGCAGGAUGUGUUUCUCAAACCAGUUGAAGCUGGUACCGUGACGCUGAUUGGAGCUACGACAGAGAACCCUUCUUUCAAGGUCGCCAGUGCUCUACUCUCUCGAUGUCGUACUUUCACGCUACAGUCUCUUAAAACGGAAGACGUGGUGCGUAUUCUUCAGCGGGCGAUCAAGGAGGAAGAGGCGGUCUAUCCAUCAACACCACUUCUGGACGAAGCUAUGGUUACGUAUCUUGCCCGAUUCGCUGAUGGUGAUGCUCGCACUGCUCUCAAUCUACUUGAGCUUGCACUGUCGCUUACAACCCGUGAGGGCAUCACACAAGAAGAUAUAAAGGCUGCUCUCACCAAGACUCUUGUCUAUGACCGUGCCGGCGAUCAGCAUUACGACACCAUUUCUGCCUUUCACAAGUCAGUGCGUGGAAACGAUCCUGAUGCGGCACUCUACUACCUAGCACGGAUGCUUCAAUCCGGCGAAGACCCCCUAUUCAUCGCUCGUCGCAUGGUCGUUAUCGCCUCCGAAGAUGUUGGCUUGGCAGACAACAGUCUUCUCCCUCUCGCCACAGCCACAUACACAGCUACGCAGCAAAUCGGCAUGCCCGAAGCACGUAUACCACUCGCUCACUGUACCGUCGCACUAUGCAAUGCGCCCAAAAGUACCAAAGCAUACCGUGCUCUCAACAACGCCUAUGCAGCUCUUCGCGAGCCAGGUGUUGCCGGCCUCCCCGUACCUCUUCACUUGCGCAACGCCCCUACGCGACUUAUGCGGGAUAUGGGCUACGGUGCCGAAUACAAAUAUCCGCCUAAUUAUCGCGAUGGUCAGGUGAAGCAGACAUAUCUACCGGAUGAGCUUGUUGGACGUCGGUUUGUAGAGGACCGUGAUUUGGGAACCGAAAUUGAUCCAGAUCUUGCGAUGGGGGGAACAUGA